AACGUCACUCUCACUACUCUCUUGUUCAACCUGGGAGACACAAUUUUGUGCUCUUCUUCCUCCUUCUCUUUCCUGUUUAAGCAUCUUUCUUCUUAUUUUCUCUCUCUACUUAUUUUUCCCCCAUUUUUACUUUACUCAACCUUUCUAAUAUUCCUUCCACACUUAAUUAUACUAUAAUUCAUCUACUACCCACUUAAAUUAACACCAAAUCAAAGCAAACCCAUAAAUUAUUUCCCAGAAUUACACCCAUUUGAAUCAAUGGGUUGUUCUCAAUCAAAGAUCGAGAACGAAGAAGCAGUAUCAAGAUGCAAAGACAGGAAAUCAUUCAUGAAAUCCGCCGUUUCUGCGCGCAACGCCUUCGCAGCUGCGCACUCUUCUUACGCUAUGUCGCUCAAAAACGCCGGCGCUGCACUCAGCGACUUCGCACAAGGUGAAGUUGCAAACAACCCACUUUCUCUCUCCUCUGGAACUACAGUUGGUGGAAUUGGUGUAGGACCCACAAAAAUUUCAUCUCAAGCACCACCAGCACCACCACCAAUGAGAACUCUUCCACCACCACCUCCACCUGUCCCUGACAUGCCACCUCCCCUUCAACGCGCUGCCUCAAUGCCAGAGUUUGUGGUGUCGAAACCGGGUGCGAAACCUAUGUUGGAGGAAACUAUUGUUGAAGAAGAAGAUGAAGAUGAUGAAGAAGAGGAAGAAGAGGAUUUGGGGAGGUUAAGAAUGAGGAGGAGAGAGAAUGAGAAUGAUAAACAUAAUCAUAAUCAUAAUAAUCAUCACAAGCAUAAACAUAGUGAGAGUGUUGGGGGUAGAAUGGAGACGAUUCCUAGUAAUAAUAAUAAUGUAAAUAAUUUGGUGGGUCCGCCACCUUCGUUACCACCGGAGGAGAGAGAAAGUAGGACACCUCCACCACCACCGCCACCACUUCCACAAGUUCAUGAUCCAACUUGGGAUUACUUCUUUAAUACAGAGGAUAUGCCUGGUGGGAGUUUGAGGGAUGAUGAUGAUAUAAGGAGGGAUAGAGAGGAGUAUGAGAGAACUGUGUAUCAUCAAAGGGCUAUGAGGAGUUCAGCUGUUCAAGCUACGGUUAAUACGGCUGUUCCGCCGUCGAUUGAAGUAGUGGAGGAGAUGGUUAUGCCAGCAAUGCCAUUGCCAAAGGGUUUGAAGAAGGGGAAGCAAGUUGUGGGGCAAGGAGGGAGUGGUGGUGGUGGUAGUGGAGAAGGGAGGAGGAAGAAUGUCAAUUUAGUGCAAGUUUUUAGUGAGUUGGAUGAUUGUUUUCUUAAGGCUUCUGAGAGUGCUCAUCAGGUUUCUAAGAUGCUUGAGGCGACUCGAUUGCAUUAUCAUUCUAAUUUUGCUGAUAAUAGGGGGCAUAUUGAUCACUCAGCAAGAGUUAUGCGAGUUAUCACAUGGAAUAGAUCAUUUAGAGGUCUCUCCAAUACUGAAGAUUUUAAGGAUGAUUUUGAUUCAGAAGAGAAUGAAACUCAUGCGACUGUGCUGGAUAAGUUGCUUGCAUGGGAGAAAAAAUUAUAUGAUGAAGUUAAAGCGGGUGAAAUUAUGAAAUUUGACUAUCAGAGGAAAGUUGCAUUAUUGAACAAACAAAAGAAACGUGGCACCAACUCUGAAUCAUUGGAGAAGACAAAGGCUGCUGUAAGCCAUUUACACACAAGGUAUAUUGUGGAUAUGCAGUCGAUGGAUUCAACGGUAUCAGAAAUAAGUCGGCUGCGUGAUGAGCAGUUGUACCCAAAGCUUGUGGCACUUGUUGAUGCGAUGGCCACCAUGUGGGAAGUUAUGCAAGUGCACCAUGAGAAUCAGCGAAAUAUUGCUGCACAUUUGAGAUUCAUUGACAUCUCUCAGUCCAACAAGGAAACAACGGAUCACCACCACGAGCGAACCAUUCAGCUUUGGGCUAUAGUUCGGGAGUGGAACACACAUUUUGAAAAAAUGGUGAACCAUCAGAAAGAGUACAUUAGAGCCCUUAAUAGCUGGUUAAAGCUUAACCUUAUUCCCAUCGAAAGCAGCUUGAAAGAGAAGGUUUCGUCUCCCCCAAGGGCUCAGAACCCUCCUAUUCAAAACCUCCUCUUUGCUUGGCAUGAUCAUCUUGAGAAACUUCCCGAUGAGCAUGCAAAGGGUGCAAUCUACAACUUUGCUGCUGUCUUGGAUACUCUAGUCCAACAACAAGACGACGAAAUCAGACAAAGGGCAAAAGUAGAAGAAUCAAGGAGAGAUCUUGAGAAAAAGCAGCGCCAGUAUAAUAAAUGGCUUAAUGAGUAUAUGCAGAAAAGGGUGCCUUCCGAUGACAUGGACCCCAGUUCAAUUGAAGAUGGCGUCAACAAGGAUGAGAUUAUGGUGGACAAGGAAUUUGUGGUGGAGAAUGCAAAGAAGAAACUCGAGGAUGACACUGAAGAAUAUGAGCGCCUAUGUACUCAUGUGAGGGAGAAGUCAUUAACAAGCCUUAAGACUCGAUUACCAGAGUUGUUCCUGUCAUUGUCAGAAUUUGCACUUUCUGCUUCAGAAAUGUACAGUAAUCUAAAGGCUCUCUGUCACUCUUCUCAGAGCCGUAAACACAAGGGAACCACGAGUACGACUGCCUAGAACUGGUAUUUAUUAAGACAAUUGAAGUUGGGAUUUUUCUUUCUUGUGAUUAUGCUGUAAAAUUUUUUGUUCUUUUGGAAAGUAGGGGUCUAGGGGAGAAGGGGUGAAAAAUGGCCUAUAUAUAUAUACAAGUGUGUAAAAUUAUUCUGCUUUUAUAAUACAAGCAUCAGUGAUAGUUGUAGUUGCACAGUUGCACUUGCCAGAUUGUAAUUGCAAAACUCAGAGGUUGAAUUAACCAAGUUACCCUGAUACCUUUGGAAAGAGGCCUUUCUUGAAA